AAAGACUCUAUAAAAGCGAACCACUCUUCUAUACCCUUUUAUAUCAUUUUUUUUCUUCUCAUUUGCUCUCUUCGUGUUGUCCGCCACUUCCUUUCAGAUCCAUUUUCUUUAGAUCCCAUCAAUGGCUUCUGUUACUGGAUCUUCCUUCGCCAUCUCUUCCCUUUCCUCCUCCUUCAACCCGAACAAGGCAUAUUUGAAGACAUCCUCCCUUUCUAUCAAGGGAAUAAGCUCCCCUUCCCUCAGAUUGAAGCCAGCUACUCGUCGCUUCAGCAUUAGCUGUGCGGCUAAACCAGAGACAGUUGACAAAGUGUGUGAAAUUGUGAAGAAACAACUGGCUCUUCCCAAUGAUUCUGCUGUCAACGGAGAGUCAAAAUUUACAGCACUUGGUGCUGAUUCUCUUGACACGGUUGAGAUUGUCAUGGGACUUGAGGAAGCAUUUGGAAUCACUGUGGAAGAAGAGAAUGCACAGACUAUUGCAACAGUUCAAGAUGCAGCUGACUUGAUUGAGGAUCUCGUCGCCAAGAAAUGUUAAGAGAAAAUUGAGAUGUAGUAGCUUGGUAGGAGGGAAGGAGGUGUCAUUUUGGUUAUCUAUUUAGUCACAUCAGUUAUUGGUUUAUAUCUCUCCUUAUUGGAGAGUUUUCUAUUGCAGUCAUGUUCCAAUGAGCUUUGUCUUAGAUAAUAGGAUUUCUUUCAAUCUGAGAGGAACUCUCAUUCAUGCUUGUUUGUUUCAUUUUCUGUAAGACUGGUCAUAUUUAAAGACAUGCUUUGUAGUA